UUGAGGAAGGAAAAAGUUUGCCAAAAUAAUCAGUACAUCAUUACUGGCCCAGCUUGGAAUCCAGCGACUGUCAAUGUCUUUAUACAAAUAAGCUAUUUGCAAUAGUUGGUUAAUCGGAUGAAACGAGGUAAUGCCUUUUUCUUGCUAGGUCUGUUGUCAGAUGCAGUUUCUUCCGCUCUUUAGUUCCGGGUGUUAGAUCCGAAGGCAACCCGUUAGUCAGCAGGCUAAGACUCAUCACUCUUUUGCAAUCACAUAACUUGUCAACAUAUCUGAAUCUCACCGUGAUCUACUGGAGAAAUACGUAAUCAUUUAUGCAUUAUAGUUGAAACAAGGGGACCACAGGGGAGAAUGGCGGCGGCGUUACUGUCAGAAACGGAGAUCAUGCACCGGUCUAUGGCAGAGGAGGAUCCGAACGGGAAUGAGCAUGGGGCGGCUGCUCGCAGCACGGAGCCUCGCUGGGGACCGCAGCAUGCCGGGGCCCGCCAGCUCGCCAAUCUGUACUCUCCUGGUAAGCGACUGCAGGAGUGGAUCUGCGUGGUUCUGUGCCUCUCUCUCUUCGUCAUUAACUUCUCCUUCCUCGUCAUCAACUUCUCCACGGUGCACAUCUUCAGGAUCGUCUUCGGCAUCGUGGCUGGGAUCGUCAUGGCAGAUUUUGCCUCUGGGAUGGUCCACUGGGGAGCGGACACCUGGGGCUCCGUAGACAUACCCAUCAUUGGGAAGGCGUUCAUCCGUCCAUUCCGGGAGCACCACAUUGACCCCACGGCCAUCACGCGCCACGACUUCAUCGAGACCAACGGAGACAACUGCAUGAUCACCGUCCUGCCUCUCGCACACAUGGCCUACACGUUCUGCUCCUCUACGCCAGAGGUCCUUGCGGAGGCGUACCCGUGGGAGUGUUUUGUGUUUGCGUUGGCCGUGUUCGUCACUAUGACCAACCAGAUCCACAAGUGGUCUCACUCUUACUUCGGCCUGCCUACGUGGGUCACCUUCCUGCAGGACUGCCACCUCGUGUUGCCAAGGAAACACCACCGCAUCCAUCACGUGUCCCCUCACGAGACCUACUACUGCAUCACUACAGGCUGGCUGAACUACCCUCUGGACUGUGUGGGUUUCUGGCGCAGGAUGGAGUGGCUGAUCGAGACGCUGACUGGACAGAGGCCUCGCUGUGACGACAUGCUCUGGACCAAGAUGACUGCCUCAUGAAGAUGACCAUGACAAUGGCCAUGUCCACGAGGAUAACAAUGAUUAUGAUGAUGACGACAACGAUGACGACGAUGAUGAUGAUGAUGAUGGGGUAGAUUAUGAGGCUAAAAGGACUGGACAAGGACUCUUAGCUGUUCUAGGAAAAAAAUGAUUCUGUCUACUAUAUAGGCCUUACCACUCACCUCUUUUCUCUCUCUCUCUCUCUCUUCUUCAUCACUCCUUCUUUUCCCCUCUCCCUCUGUCCCUUGCACCCUUCCUCCCUCGCUCGCUCCAGUCCGACACAGUCAGCCUCCCCACCUGCUACAGCUGCCUUCCUUAAGAAGCUCACAGACUUGUCCGCCAUUUUGCUCCUGGGUUUUUAAUUACUGUCUCCAGUCUUUCCUGUUUAAUCGAAUGUUUUAUUACUGGGAUGGUCACUUCAGAUGGCAGUGGACAGAAGGUACCCUUCCCAGACAGGGUGUUGUGAUCUGGCCUAAGAUCAGGCUCACACUGGCAGGGGGCAGAAGGGCAUAGGUCAGAGGGGUGGGGGUGGGGGUGGGUGGGGUGUUUUGCCACCUGUGUUGUCCUGCGGUAGCAUGUCAUCAUCAUAGGCUGCAUUACCACUUUGCCGACCAAACAGAUUGCUUCCUUUUUUACUUUUUGGUUUGUUUUUGUUUUUAUCCUGGUGUUGGAGUUGAAUGUUUCCCAGAGGAUGGGCUCUCCCGGAAACAAACCAAGUCAUGUUGGGUUUUUGUUUUACUUGUUAAAGACAUAGGGGGACAACAGGGAAGUGGAGAUUGACACAAAGAGAGAGGGAGGAGAGUGAAAAACAGAGAGAAGGAGUUAGAGUGAGAGAGGGAGGGGGGAAGGGGGGCAAUUAGAUAUGAUAGCAAUAUGAUACAUAUUAGGACAGACAUCAUCCUUUGUGCAGUACCCUGCUCAACACAACAAACAAUUACUGUAAAAAGCCUUUAGUCCAACAUCAUCCUUUUCUCCACUCUACCGUCAGAGUUAGUCACGACUGUAGCAUGCAUCCAGCAGCCAUCUCCCCUCCAGAGCCCACGGCGCCGCAAGGGAACCGUUUGAUUGGCCGUCAGAGCUUCUUUCAUUUCCUGCUUCCUCUGAGCGAGUUGUGAGCAUGUGUCUCGGACCCCACUGACCCAACUGAAUGUCUCCCCCCCUGAAUGUCACUCGAGCAGAAAGUACAGCGUUCGCAGGCCUUAACUGACACCAGAGCAGACGCACACACACACACACACACACACACACACACACACACACACCCACACAAACGUAUCCUCUCAUAUCCAUAAUACAGACCAAGACUGUUGUUGUAAGUGGGCUAGUGCUGACAGAGUUGUCAGUGAGUGUGUGUGUGUGUUGAGGUGCACAUGUAAGAUGAUGACUGAGUUCAAAGGUCAAAGGACAGAUCAAAGGUCACCUUGGGAUGUCAUUCGUGUUUUUAUUUUAAUUUGUUUCUUUUGACUUUACACUUCAUGGCGUUAACCAAUUAUAUAUGUAAAAGACAUUUCAAAAGCCAAAAUACCCCUUCCCUGUUACACAUGUACACACAGUGUAAACACCCAAAGAUCUGCACUUGAAGGUGCAAAUACAAACACUCACAAGCAUGAUUACACACACAAACACUCAGACAGACACAUACACACACACACACACACACACACACACACACACACACCAAUGCAGAAACAUCUAUAUACCCAAACACUCACACACACUCUGCCUCUAUGAGGACGCAGCCAUACACCAUGUACUGUUACUUUGUUACUGUUACUGUCUCGUUCUUUAUGUCCCUUCUCAAACCAACAGCUUCACUCUCUCUUUUUGGCUUUAUAAUUUUCUAUUUUUUUAACGAAACGAUCAGCCUUGUAUUUAUUCUUACUUUCCAUCUCGCAGCUCAUGCUUGCUGCUAGUCUGCCUUAAAUCAAUGUUUGUAAUAGUGGUUUGAUUUAUUAAAUCUCUCCUAAACGAA